AUGGUGUUCUUUUUGCGAGACGCAGUAAAAGCAUGGGAGGAAAAAACAGGUCAAAAAGUGGGAGAGGCCGAACAAAUAAUGUUAUAUGGUUGGGUACCUCCUAUUGAAAAGAUGGACACAACUGUAGCUCAAAUGAAAAAUUGUAAAAGACUUGCACUUUCAACAAAUUGUAUUGAUAGAAUUGGAGGUCUGCAAGGCCUUGUUUCUUUGGAAAUAUUGUCACUUUCAAGAAAUCAAAUCAAAAGAUUAGAAAAUUUAGAGGCAGUGGCCCCAACUUUGGAACAAUUAUGGCUUUCGUACAAUAAUUUAACCUCUCUGGCUGGCAUUGAAAAGCUGAAGAAACUAAAAGUUUUAUAUUGUGGAAAUAACAAAAUCAGUUCUUGGUCAGAAGUGGACAGGCUUAAAGAGUUGCCAGAGCUUGAGGACUUGUUACUUCAAGGCAAUCCUUUAGAAAAGAAUUCCAAAGACAACGGAGAAAACUGGAGAAUUGAAGUGUUGAGGAGAUUACCAACUCUUAAAAAACUGGAUGGAAGGUCCUUUGAUUUAGCAGAGAGAGAGCAAGCAGAAGGAGCUCGAAAGGACAUGGGUGAAUAA